AUGUCCACUUUUUGGCUCAAUACUCAGCUGCAUGUACUUCUUCACAUACGUUGUGUUGUAACUCCAUUCAAAGAAGAACGUUGCAGACCCAUCGUUCUUUAUAAUAAAUGUGAUCGUUCUCUCAUACGUCGAAGCAGUCUAAAAGAACAUUUAUUAAUCUACUAUAUAAAAAUAAGUCGGGUUUUCCUUCCUAACGCUAUAACUCCAGAACGAACGAGCCGAUUUCCACGGUUUUACAUUCGUUGGAAAGGUCUCGGGGUCCGUGAGGUAUAUAGCAAAGAAAAUUCAGGAAAAAAAUUCUUCAUCUUCGAAGCCAUCUGGUGGCGAAACGGAGUUCGCCGGGUUUGCUAG